AUGGGCACGCGGGAGAUUUACAGGGUACGGGCAAGCGGGAGAUUUACAGGGGUACGGGACGUGGGAGAUUUACAGGGGUAUGGGACGUGGGAGGUUUACAGGGUACGGGACGUGGGAGGUUUACAGGGGUACGGGACGUGGGAGGUUUACAGGGUACGGGACGUGGGAGGUUUACAGGGUACGGGACGUGGGAGAUUUACAGGGGUAUGGGACGUGGGAGGUUUACAGGGGUAUGGGACGUGGGAGGUUUACAGGGGUAUGGGACGUGGGAGGUUUACAGGGUACGGGACGUGGGAGAUUUACAGGGGUAUGGGACGUGGGAGGUUUACAGGGGUACGGGACGUGGGAGGUUUACAGGGUACGGGACGUGGGAGAUUUUCAGGGGUAUGGGACGUGGGAGGUUUACAGGGUACGGGACGUGGGAGGUUUACAGGGGUACGGGACGUGGGAGGUUUACAGGGUACGGGACGUGGGAGGUUUACAGGGUACGGGACGUGGGAGAUUUACAGGGGUAUGGGACGUGGGAGGUUUACAGGGGUAUGGGACGUGGGAGGUUUACAGGGGUAUGGGACGUGGGAGGUUUACAGGGUACGGGACGUGGGAGAUUUACAGGGGUAUGGGACGUGGGAGAUUUACAGGGGUAUGGGACGUGGGAGGUUUACAGGGUACGGGACGUGGGAGAUUUUCAGGGGUAUGGGACGUGGGAGGUUUACAGGGUACGGGACGUGGGAGGUUUACAGGGGUAUGGGACGUGGGAGGUUUACAGGGUACGGGACGUGGGAGGUUUACAGGGGUACGGGACGUGGGAGGUUUACAGGGGUAUGGGACGUGGGAGGUUUACAGGGUACGGGCAAGCGGGAGAUUUAUAGGGUACGGGAUGCGGGAGAUUUACAGGGUACGGGCACGUGGGAGAUUUACAGGGUAUGGGCACGUGGGAGAUUUACAGGGGUAGGGGAUGUGGGAGAUUUGCAGGGGCACGGACACACGGGAGAUUUGCAGGGGUACAGGACGCGGGAGAUUUACAGGGUACGGGCACGUGGGAGAUUUACAGGGUAUGGGCACGUGGGAGAUUUACAGGGGUAG